GUGAUCUUUUUGCAGAACCAGGAAGAUCGAACAGCCAUGGGAUGCCGCUGCAUAUUCCCUUGAGCAUCGUUUUCCGUCGCCAGGCUGAGAAAACUUCUUACUUCUGCUCCAAAAUACGGGAUAAUUUUUUCUUUUCCAAAUCCAAACUUGCAGUGGCGUGAGUGCACUGGAUAGAAGUUCUUUUAUCGAAGGUGUCGUCGUGGUGCGUAUUUUUACACCUAGACUGGCGCCGGCGCACUUGAACUUUUCCUAUUCGGUUCUUUUCUCGGACCACUAAUCGAUUCUGCGACAAGUUUAUCUCCUCACCUCCGCAAGAACAUCAUCAUGACGACCUUUCGCGCACCCCCGGGGUUCGGGAAGGGCAAGUUGGGCGGUAAGUUUCUCGAGCAGGGGAAGAACGCGGAGGCCGCGAUUGCCGUGUACGAUCCGUUGAGCCGCAUCUGGGUGGGUGGGCUGCCCAUGGGGAUCACGGACAUGAUGCUUGCGCACGAAUUCAACCGCUGUGGCAAGGUUCUGUCCACGAUGAUCAAGCGCGGGGGGAAGGGCAAGGGGCCGCCGUUUGGGUUCAUCCAGUUUUCCUCCCAGGACGAAGCGAAGACCGCGAUCCGGAGGAUGGACCAGAACCGCUGCUUCGGCAACCCGAUCAAGGUGUGCGGCUGUACCGGCGAUGAGAGCAAGGUGGACCGGAAGGGCGCCACCGUCCACGUGGACCCCAACAACCCGAUCGAUCCGCGGUGCGGGCGUCACUACGGCGCCCUGGAUACGGUCCACAACCAGCACGGCGGUGCUGUGACCACGGAAGCCGGGGAAGUGCCCUCCCAGCGGCGGACUGCGCCCCCGCCCGCGGACCGUGACCGCGCCGACUCGCGCGACCGUGAGCCGGCGAAGAAGCCACCGCCCCGCGACAGCUCGCGGUCGCGCGAUCGCGGUCGAAAAAACGAUUCUCGUCCCCGUGCUGGACGGGGACGCCGAGAUGAGUACUUACACUUGCUACGCACGUUUUUUUUUCCAAUAAAGCAAUUGUCAUUCGUAGUAGAGGUGUUGGGUCUGGUUUUGAAAGGGCCUACUUGAAGCACGUGUUGAUUGUUUUUUUUGCGAAAUUGUUUGCACGGAAGGAAAUGCGUAGCACUUACCGACUUGGCUCCUGAUACAUGUCAUGUAGUUAUGCUGGAAAAUAUAAAUAUAUUAUAAGUUGAAAGAGAAAGCACACCCACACGUAUUUGUUGAAAUGUAAACAAUGUUCUUCAAAACAGCAGGAGCAACGACCGGCGUGGCGGACGGGCCAAUCGUUCGAGAUCCCGUUCCCGCGACCGUUCCCGAGGGCGUUCGCGUGGCCGGUAUGAUAACAUACUUUUUUCGUACAGCAUGUUGUAUACUUAAGUACAUAAAGACCACGCUUGAUAUGUUACGGCGCAGCUUACCUACUAAGAGUACUGCAUGCAAUUGGAAUUGCCUGGGUUAAUAUGUUUGUUUUUGUCUACCGAUGCAUACCUAUAGCUAUACCAUUACCAAAUCAAAACAAUUCUGUUCGGAUUACCAUGAUAAAAACUUUCAGACGCGACCGCAGUCGAUCCCGUUCCCGUUCCCGGGACCGCCGGCCGAAGUCCACCUCCCGUUCCCGUUCCCGGGGUGGGGCCGCGCACCGUGGCUCGCGGGACACGAAGCAGGGCGACUACAAUGUGAUUCUGGAAAAUCUGCCCACUGAUAUGGAGUGGUCUGAACUGCGGAUUCUUGGCAAUCAGUACUGCACGUACAAAGAGAGUGGCUGCACGUUCUCCAAGAUCUUCGAUUCGGCCAAGGAGGGGAAGGUACUUUUUUUGCUCGCUUUUUUGGUACUUGUGUCCUCUACAGGCCACAUUAUUCAUUGUACUGAUGCGUGAUAUAGUUACGUCAAGGAUCGGCUGAAACAGUAUAGACGGAGAAGAAACUUGUAAAAUCAAAAUGAUCUUCAGGGUGACUGGGCUGAUAUUCGGGUCGGGCAGCUGGAGUUCGUUGAUGAGCGCGACGCGGACGCUUUGGUGGCAAAGUUGAACAACAAGCGCAUUGCGGGGCACGACCAGCGACUGCAGGUGUACCGGAUGACGAAGGAGGAGAUCAGGAACCUUGCGAAGGGCAGGGGAAAAGGUGGCUACUAGACGAGCUGCGGGUGGAGCUAUGAAUCGUGCUGACCACACAAAAUAAGUACCAGACACCACAUGAUCAAAUGAAAAUGUCUACGAGAGCUUCUAUGCGCUACACUUUACACUUCUGGUGUGUAACGACAAGAGUAAAACAGUAUACACAAAAACGUCGAUAUUAUAGGAUGUAGCAGUAUUUCAAGAAGUUCAAGACGAACUGAACGCGAACGCCUGUCCCUGUCGUCGUCAGAACAAGAAAUUCUUCGCUGGGGGCUAGAGUGGGUGUACCUCCACUGGGAGACAAGUUCAUUUAGAAUGUAAGGCGAAAUUACGAAGAUCCAAACGACAGCGGAAGAUGAGAUAGAGGAUCUUUCGAAGCAGGUGUUGUCCGUAGUACCUUAGCUUUGAUUUGCACAUUUUUAGUGGGAGCAACUCGAUGCUGCGAUGUUGGCGUCGAAGCCGUCGAAUCAGGCUGCUAAAGACCAAAAAAAAUUCGGCACAGAAAGGUAGAUAAGUUUCACAAACAACGACUACGACGACCAACGUGGAUAUUUUUCAAAUUCAAAAAUGACGAAAUGAUGGCUCUUAAGGUUGUAGAGCCUUUUCCUUUGCUGUACUAUCUUUGCUCCCCCCGCCCACGGAAGCAAAUUUGAUCGUCAUUUUGUUAAAACUUUUACCAAGUGAACUACAGCUGCAGACUAC